CCUGCCUGAGAACCAGUGGAGAGGAGAGACGAACAAUUACUUCAUUUAGGUGGCAGAGAAAUGGGCGUCGCAAUCCCCUCUACUCCGUGCCAGCACUGAAUAACAGGAUGUAGAGCGGCCAGCGGGACACUGACGCUCGCACUAUGAUAAACCCGCACCCCACCAACCAACCACCAGCACAGCUCACUAGCGUCGCCGUCGCCGUCGUCGUCGUCGUCCGCCGUCGUCGUCGUUCCCGCGUGCCGGCGCGUCGAUUCGGCGUAGCUCUCUCUCGGCGGGCCGCGUGACCCGUCCGUGACCCCCCUGCAGCUGCCGGCGUGUCCGUGACCCGCCCGUGACCUCCGCCGCGCUCACACACGCGCACGAUGGUCGAACACGGCGAGCUGAUGGCGGAGAUACCGGUGCUCGAGAAGAUGCCUAUGCAGGAGCGGCUGAAGCACGCGCGCAAGCGCCGCUCGCAGCAGCUCAAGAAAUACGGGCAGCGCGAGAAGGAGCACUCGCGCAAGAAGAAGAACUCGUCGGCCGGCGGCAGCAGCGGCAAGAGGAAGGCGGCGGCGGGCCGCGCUGCGCACCUACACAUUCGAUUCGAGCCGAGCGUUAUGCUUCUCGAGGCGGCCGCUCGCAACGACGUCGAAGAAGUUCGGCGGUUGUUGAAGGCAGGCGUGAGUCCUGAUGUGACUAACGAAGACGGCUUGACGGCACUGCAUCAGUGCUGCAUAGAUGACAGCGAGGAGAUGAUGCAGCUGCUGCUGGAAUUCAGAGCGAACGUCAACGCGAAGGAUUCUGAGUUGUGGACGCCGCUGCACGCCGCCGCGACGUGUGGUCACCUUCAUCUAGUCAAACUACUCGUUAAUAAAUCAGCAGAUCUUCUAGCCGUGAACGCUGACGGCAAUAUGCCGUAUGACAUAUGCGAGGACGAAGUGACCCUGGACUACAUCGAAUCUGCGAUGGCUAGCAAAGGUGUGACGCAGCUGCUGAUCGACGACACGCGGUCGGCAACGGAGCGGAUGAUGCUGCAGGAACUGAAGCUGCUCGCAAGCGCCGACAUGGAGUACCGCAACCACAUCGCUGCCACGCCUUUACACAUCGCAGCAGCUAACGGCUUCGUGUCGGUAGUUGAAUACCUGCUGGACAACCACGUGAGCCUUGAUGUGAUGGACAGUGACGGCUGGUUCCCCAUCCACGCCGCCGCCUGCUGGGGACACCCACAGAUUUUAGAGAUGCUUGUAGGAAAUGGUGCUGACAUAGAGGCCAAAACGAAGAAUGGAGAGACGCCAUACGAUAUCUGUGAAGACCCCGAUCUCAAGGACAGAAUCCUGGAGUUGAAGAGUGAACUCGAGCACAAUCUAUCAAAGCGGCCGCUGCACAUGCGGCGGCACAGCACGAACACGCGCAGGCAUCUUUACGGUUCCUGCUCAUCAAUCACGUCUGUCACGUCAAAGUCGAGCCAGUCGAUACGAAGGACAAGCCUGCGGGACAAGUCUAUGCUGUCGCGCAGGGAGGCGCAGGAGGAGGCCAAGCUACGCGUGCAAACAGAGGAAACCAAAGACAGCGUGGCACUCGAUGACGUCGAGGUGACGCUGCCUCCGUCGCCGCGCGGACGCACGCUCGGCUCGCCGAAGCCCUCUCCGAAGAUGCACAUGAAGCAGGAGCGCGCGCAGCGCUCGCCGAAGCCCGGCGAGCGGCCGAGCGUGGCGAACGACACUAGCGGUGACAACAGCUCGCCGAUGGAGCGGCUCGAGCGUGCGAUCCGACCGCCCGGUGGCGCCCCGGACGCAGCGUGGCAGGGCGAGCGGGAUGAGCACGGCGGCUCGACAGGAUCUAUCCCGGGCACGCUGUCCGACCUGAAGCACAAGCGGCGCUCGUCGAGCGACAACAAGCUGCAGCAGGAGGUGGUGGUGGCGCCCCCUGCCGGGAAGGCGAACGCGAAAAACGGUCGCACGUCACACAACGGCAAGCUGGACGAAAGCGGUAGUGGCGGCGGCGGGGGCGGGACGAGGAUCCAGUUCGUGGAGACUAAGUACAAGUUCAGCAGCCUGCCGGGGGAGGUGGUCGGACCACGGCAGCGGAAGAAGGGCUGCCUGCAGUGUGUCGUGCUGUGAUGCGUGCGUGCUGCCCCGGCAGUGCUAGUGUUACCUUGCCGCUGCUACUGCCGCGUCGGUCCUCACCCCGCAGUAUGUGCGCACCCUGGAUCUGUGACGCGACGGAUCACCUGAAAUCGGUCGCCGAUCGUGGAAAAUUAUGCACAUAAUUGGGCAUGCAUGGGCAAUAUAUGUAUAUUUAUAUGUAUAUGUAUGUCUACGUAUACUAAUUUGUAUAUGUAUAUCA